AUGAGAAUUCGAAGAUCUCCUUCUGGUGGAUCAAUGGAACACGAUACUAGAUUAUUAAUUGAAGAACGUCUACCUUCUGCUCCCUUCCUUCACAAUCGUUCCACUAAGAGGUUUUUGGGGAGGCAUAGUCAAGCUAUUACUCUUGUUCUGUUAUUUGUAUUAGCCUUAUCUUUUUUCAAACUUCAGUUUCAUCUUAGGGAGCUAGAGACCCUCACUGGUGGACCCUACAGAUCGGAACCAUUGAGUGAACCUGAAGUUAGGGUCGAUGGAACCAAAGUCUUUAAAAUAGGUGUUGUUACGGAUUUGGAUCAGGACAGUAAAAAAGGUGACAAGUGGCACAGCAUUAUGAAAACUGGCACUUUCUCUUUCAAACAAGAAACGAAAGAUGCUCGAGUGCAAUGGAAGUCCCCUGCUGAUGAUAUCGUUCUAACUACUGAAAUUGCGGCAGGCGGGCGAGCCAUGGAACUCUCGGAUUUGGUAGUUUUUAACCACCGUUUGCUGACCAUUGAUGACCGCACUGGCCUCAUAUAUGAAAUCUCGGAGAAUGCUGCUGUUCCUUGGGUUUUUUUGAAUGAUGGUCCUGGUCAUCAAACGAAGCCUAUCAAGGGUGAAUGGAUGACUGUGAAAGACGAUGAGUUGUGGAUUGGCGGUCUUGGCAAGGAAUGGACGAAUAAGGAAGGAGUAUAUAUCAACGAUCAUCCAAUGUGGGUUAAGGUUGUUGACCGAACUGGCCGUGUGCGUCAUAUCAACUGGGCUGAUAACUACAGGAAGGUACGAGAAGAGUGUGGAAUCUUACCACCUGGUUAUAUGGUUCAUGAAUCUGUUCAAUGGAGUAGUGUUCACAAGAAAUGGUUCUUCCUUCCUCGAAGAGCUUCUGUCAAGUCUUAUAAUGAUCAACUUGAUGAACAACGUGGAACAAACAUGCUAAUUAGUGCCGAUGAGUACUUCAAAGAUAUAUCGAUGAUCCGCGUUGGACCCGGCACUUACGAAGGUACAAAAGGGUUCAGUGCUUUCCAGUUUGUACCAGGUACCCAAGAUGAAUACAUCAUUGCAUUAAAAAGCGAGGAGAUUGGAGGACGCCCAGCAGCAAGUCAUAUCACUGUUUUCGAUAUAAGCGGAACUGUAAUCAUGAACGAUACUACUCUGCCGGGAUCUCACAAAUUUGAAGGAUUAGCUUUUAUUUGA